AUUGAGCUGGCUUUCAUCUGUCAAAAUAAAAUGGUUACAAUUACAAAGCAGGGAUUUUGUUGUAAAAGAUUAAUAAUAAUGCCAUAAAUGUAUAAAUAAAUUCUUAAAGUAUGGAGGGUGAUACAAAAGAGUUCACUCUGCCACCAGCCCCCCGAGGCCUAUGUUUCGAUCGGAAUGAUUUCGUUAAGACAAACUUUUCUGUGGACAAUUUUUUACAAGAGCACCAGAAUGUGGCAUCACUGGAAACUAUGCGUGAUGACCUGGGUGUUUAUCUCAAAGUUCUCCGACUAGCUAUGAUAGAACUCAUAAACAAGGAUUAUGCCAAUUUUGUGAACCUUUGUGCUACUCUUAUUGGGUUUGAUAAGGCAGUAAUUAAAAUACAAGUGCCUUUAGAGCAAUUAAAUGGUGAAGUUAAGGAAGUAAAAAAAUGUUUAGAAGAUGCUAUGGAGGAAUUGUCUCAUUGGCUUAAACAAAGGCACACAUUAUUAAAAAAAAGGCAACAACUUCAAUAUUACAGCCAAACUAUUAAUUGCUUAGAAUCUUUAGAAUGUAUUUUGAAUAAUAUAUGUGAAAAACAAAGAAAGGAACAGUUAAUACUAUCAGACAGGGCAGCACUACAAUACAACCAACUUAAAUUUUCUAUAGUUAAAUGUGAUGAUGUUAUCAAACUGGAACAUAAAAGAAAAUAUAAUGAAGUUAGUGGAAAACUUAUCCACAUCCUAAAUGAUCUUGUGUUUCAGUUUUGGAAUGAUAACAAUGAAGAAAAUCUACUUAAAUCUUUAAUAACAUUGACAUCUUUAGGUCGUAUAACAGAGACCGAGAUGCUUUUGCGAAAACAAGCUGUUGCACCUUUACUCCAAGACAUUGUUAAUGAAUCAGCAUUACAGAGGAGUAAGGGGGAUCUCCAAAGAAUAUAUGACAGUAUUUUAUCACUACUAAAUACAAAACUUAAGUUGUUUUUUCAUGUGACUAAACAUUCCAAAUUAACAUUUCAAGACCAGAAGUAUAGGUUCUUAGUAAAUUGUUUUUGGUGUGAGGUUGAGCAUAGAAUAGAGGUAAAUUUAUCAUCAAUUUUUGCACCGGGCAAUCCUCAACUAUUCUACAGAAGGUAUAAUGAGAGUAUGCAUUUUAUAAAACAAUUGGAGCAGUUCUGUGAGUCCCCCGAUGAAGUAAAGUUAUUACAUAAAACACAAGAAUAUAAAAGCUUUCAAAAACGGUGGAAUCUUCCUGUCUACUUCCAGAUAAGGUUUCAGGAAAUUGCAGGUGCAUUUGAGCAAUCAUUAAAGAAUGAGCCAACAUCGCAGAGUAACGAUGGCUUUAUUUUGGCUGAGACAGAGAGGCUUUGGAAGGCUUUACAUGAAUGUUGGUCUAGUGGAAUUUACAUCAAAGCACUUUCACACAAGUUUUGGAAACUGUCAUUGCAAUUGCUUUCAAGAUAUGCAACAUGGUCACAAAGUUAUUGCUCUCAGCGAACAAUAUUGUCAAAGACCGAAGCAACAAGCAUUAAUAAAGAAAUUAUUACAAACAGCUUUAAUUUGUAUCUAGAUACAGUUACGAUUCUGGAAAGAUUACCAAGUUUCUUAAAACUUGUCGAAGAGAAUGUGCCCAAACAGAAGAGCAAAGACUUGUUAAAACAGAGUUUGACAUAUUCACAAGAACUGCUGAAUAGUAACAAAGUGAAAAUAAAAGAUUGUAUUGUCACUGAACUGUUCAAUUUUUAUAAUAUACAGCUUAAGCAAGUUAGUGAUAUACCAAGACUGUAUAGGAAAACAAAUAGAAGUGUUCCGACGAAACCAUGCAAUUAUAUAGAAACAAUUAGUAAGUCAUUGAAAGAAUUUCAAAGUGAGGCUGAAAAAAAAUUGGAUAAUGCAUUCUUAGUACAGCUAUAUGAGUCAUUAUUUAAUAUUAUGACAAAAUCUUAUUGUAAAUAUGUAGAGGAUGUCUUAACUUCAGUUCAGAGAACAGAAGAAUCCUUGAGAAGACUGAAACAAAUUCGUGAAAAAUCAUCACAACAAAAUAAUGAUAUGAUCGGAGUUACAGACGGAGACAAGAUCCGGCUCCAAUUAAAUGUAGAUGUUGUAAAUUAUACUAAUUUGGUGCAAUUUCUAAGUGUAAAUAUGAAAAGUGUGCACAAUAUUAAUGAGUUAACUUCUAUGGUUACAAAUGCUGUAAAAAAUAUAAAUAUUAAAUGAUAUGUCCAAUUGUU